AUGGCUGAUGCCCGGCGCCGCAGCCGCCAUGUUCACGAAACGAGGGUAUUGAGCUAUGGACACCUUGGUACUGCUUCUUAUGAUGACCGCAAUCACGAAUGGACGUUUCUGCGCCAGCAUCAGACCCAACAAGUUGAUGACUUACAAAAUGCGCGGGUCACGCCGACUGGCUCAUCUCACUUCCUGGUGGCGGACGAAAGAAUGUGGAACUCUGCGCCAAACCCUGUACACUCAACCUGGCCAGCGCAAGACGCUACACCUGGUCGUGGGCUACAGAAUUUCUUCCUGAAACGAGUGCCAGAUGCAGCCUUCGUUGCCGUUGAUUUGCCCGGCUCGGAAAAUACCGUUGCCUCAAGGUCCAAACAUCGACCUUCAGAAGACGUCCUCGCCUUCGGACAUGCUCGACGGCCAUUCGACUCUGGCUCGCACAACAACACGCCCUAUACUCCUGUGGUCGCAAUGCGAUCCUCCUCAAGCACCGAGACUCUUCAGCUCUUUAUCAUCGAUACGCAGCAAGUUGAAAUCCCCAACGAAGCUGGUCUAUCGGAUUUAUGCAUGGUGCCUUUCAUUGCGAAUCAGGCGUCAGGUACCUGGACCGAUUCGACAGAUGAAAUUAUUCAAGUGGCCUCUUGCAGUCAAUCAAAGGGCACGCAGUUUCUUGUUGUCAAGCCAAGUGGGACGACCGUUUUACGGCCGGUCUUGUCAAAGCCGAAAGCGUCAGAAGGGCUGCUGGACCCAUGUCCAAUCGUCACAAUUCCGCGUUCGAGGACGGGAGGCCAACCUCAUGUCUAUGCUGCCUUCAAUCCGCAAGAUCAGAGUCUGGUGGCACUUGCAGACGCUAGCGGGCAAUGGAGUAUCUGGAAACUCACAGGAAAAUAUUCAAGGUCGGCCCGCAUUCUACAACAGGUAUCUCUGAAAGCUUCAAAUGAUAUAGGCAGUAUCGAGCGGCAAUCUCGGUCCUCAAAAGGCUUCAAAUCCAGGAAUACAUGGCACCGAGUUUGCUGGUUGACAAGUCCCGAGGGCAUCAUGGACAGACUAUUGGUGUGCAAUCGACACUUCGCUGCAGCAUUUGAUCAGACAGGACUAUUUUUGGGUGAGGUCGACAUGCGUCUCGGAUCCCAGCCAGAUCGGAACGUGAUCCUUGAUGUCAAAAACAGCGGCCGUCGGAGCGAUCGCAUAUUUGUACUGACCUCGUCACGCUUGUUGAUAUUCUGUUCACCUCGUAGUGGUGGCAACGACAGACACUCAGGCGAAGCGCUUGAAUUGGAGUGUUCCUGGAAUCAUUACCGGGAUCGUACUGAUCUGGGUCUCGGUAUGAGCGUGCUUGAAUCCUCAGAAGAUUCGUGGGUGCUGCUUUAUUCAACCACCAGCCACUUGGCUAUCAUAUACCGCUUCGGACAGGAGGAUGUACACUCAACGACCAUCUCCAUACAAGAUCCUUCAACCUUUCAAUUACCGUACCAGCUCAAAGGACACAUGAAGGAUGUCAGUGAAAUCACAAUGCGUCCAGCAGCCUUCUCAAUCCAACCUCAGCCUACGCAUGUCGUCAGAUUUGGCCUUAUCAAACUCGUCGCCUACUUGGCUACAGGAGAGAUCAUUGAAGCACUGUAUAAGCAUGAACUCGGGCAAUUUGGCUUUUCAAAUCAUCUGCCGGAGACGGUCUUACAUUUAUCGAUGCCCCGGCCGCUGAAAACCCACCCGAUCAGUGCUAAAUAUAUCAGAGACGAGGAUCUAGAUGAUUUUGCUGUGCGGGACGGCGAAGGAGCAGACGAUUUCGCAGGGAAAGCGGGCUUUGCACAAACGACUGCAGCAAAUAUGCAACGUGUUUCUCCCAGUUCUCGAAAUUGGCAGAGACUUUUGCUCUACGAAGCGCUGAAGGAUAAUGACAACAGCCGUAUGUCUUUCGAAUCAGCCCUGCAACCGGUUAUGGAACAUCACUUCGAACGCCUGAAAGGCGAGAACAACUUAACGCCCAUGCAUCUGAUGUCAGACCUUACUGGCAGGUGCCGCAUCACGGAUGUGGAACAUGAUUCUCAAAUCGCAGAUCAAUGGCUUGAUACUCUGGCACUUCAGGACAGUAUAACCGUCGUACCGGCCGCAAUUGUUGUAGGAGGAGUAUCUAGUUCUUCGCACAGACAACUACUUCUGGACCUCUAUGAAAGCUUGGUUAGGGCAUAUGUCGAACCACUGUCUGACCAGAUCACAGACCGAGGUCGGGUCAAUCGCGAAAGACUGGUCCGCCAAAUAGUGGGAGAUGGUUUCUUCGGAGCAUUUGCGUUGACCUCCAAGAUAGCUCCUCCUCCGUCUGCUUCUCCACGACCGUAUUGGACUCCGACACGAGACAGGGAAGCCGCAUUUCCGCCCAUAGGGCUCGAGUUGGAUGACCCUGAAUCUUCACAGGCGCCGACUCCUGAGGCUCUUCCAGACACAGAAGAACCGACAUUCUCUCAUCUACGGAGAUAUGUAACAUUUCGCCACGAGGUACCUCCUUUACUGCUCGAGCAUCGCCCAAACAUCUCCAACAUUUUGGCUCAUCUUCCAAAUUCUAUCGAGCAAAACCCAGCAGAUUAUUCCUACCAGCAAACGAAUCAGAAGAUGAAGCUUGCGCAGGAGGAGAUGGCGGCGGAGUCGUUGAAUCCACAAGAGAGAAAGAAGGCUCUCAGAUCCGCCGCUCGUCUACAACGGAAAUUGGAAAGGACUCAAAUCAUCAGUCAAGAAGUCAUGAUGCGACGAAAUAUACUGCCUGGCAUCAGUAGUGGGCCAAAGAUCUCCGACUUACCAGUGCGAGAAGUCCAAAGUAGCCAGCCAAUCGCACCAAGUUCGAGUCAAAGGGCUGGCCAAGGUCAAGGAGGGUUACCGGAAUUUAGCAUGACGCAGCCCGAGAGAGGUGCUUAUGGAACGAGACAAGCAGAGAAAAAGGGCAAGAAGGGAACGAAGAGGCGGGCAGGCUUCUAG